ACAUUCCUCUGCCGGUAGCGUCAAAGACAAACGCUGUAUGGACUUCAAAACACAAAUAAUGUCCUACACAACCUAACUGGUAGACUGAUGCAUAACCAUGGAUGAAGAGGACAGUCAAGAUGAGCUGAUCAACCGAAACGUCUCCCAAGGAAAAGGCAAAAGACCUGCCAUGUCCAUCAUCUCUGAUGAUGAAGACAAUUCAGAAGAUGGAGGAGAAUCAGAAGAGGGAGAGACUAACAGCGAGGAAGAUGCUUCUGAAGAUGAAAUUUUGGAUGGUGAGGAGGACGAUGAAGAGGAGGAUGACGACAGUGAAGAUGAGGACUCUGCUAAGGUCCUGGAGGGAGCUGUAGGAAAUGUUGCCGCUGAUGCAGUGGACCUGAGCUCAGAUGAGGACUCUGAGAAAUGUUCCAUCUGCCUGAACUCAUUCCACGAGCAGCCUGUGGCCACACCAGAGGCCUGUGAGCACUACUUCUGCCUGGACUGUAUUCUGGAAUGGUCGAACAAUGCCAACUCUUGUCCAGUGGACCGGAAAAUCUUCAAUAACAUUCUUCUUAGAAAGUGUCAUGGCGGGAAAGUCCAAAAAACAAUUGCAGUCCAGAAACCGAUAAAACCCGGGCAGGAGGAGCAGGUGGAUGAGGAGUUGGAUCAGACCAGCUGUGAGGUAUGCGGGGGUCGAGACCGUGAAGAUCGCCUCCUGCUUUGUGAUGGCUGUGAUGCCGGGUAUCACAUGGAAUGUCUUACACCGCCUUUGGAUGCUGUACCUGUAGAGGAAUGGUUCUGCCCCGAAUGCAUCGCCAGCAACCGCAGCUCGGGGUCAAAUCAGGUCAGCGAGGAGGAGAGCAGCUCUCUGCCCACCACCAGCCGUCCGCAAUCCAGACCCACCCGAGCUAUUGCGCGGACCCAGCACAGCGAACGGGUUCGGGCCAACGUCAACAGGCGUCGCAUCACGCAGGCACGAACAGCAGCCGAGCUCACGCCCAGAUAUCUGAUGCAGUCCACGUGGUUGGAUGAGACCAUUAACGCUGUAGUGGCUGGUCUCAACACAGCCGUGUAUGUGCGAGACCUGACUCCCCGUGCCAAAUCCCGUCGGAGGAGGAAGACAGCUAAAAGAAGGAAAACCAAUGGCAAAUCCCUGACUGUAGGAAAAACAAAUCUAGGGGUUAAGAGGCGGAAACGCAAAGCGAGGAGGUCAAAAUUUAGACGAAAAGUGGUUAAAAGGAAGGAAACCAAUUCCAGAGGUCGUAUUGCACAGAAUUUGGGGAUUAAAAAGGCCAGAUCUGGUUCACUCAUCCCUUCAGUUUAUCGGCCGUCUGAGAACAGUUUAGGAAGCAUGCGGGCAGAAAUCGGAGCAGCCUCUCUCUCGGUGUAUGGAGAUCCUUUUGAUCUGGACCCAAUUGAUGACAGGGAGGAUGAGAUGCAAUUUCCAACAUCACCCUCUGUUUUGGCUGCCAAACGCCGCGGCCUGUCCCGUUCUGCCCUGCGCUCCCAUCAGCCUGUGGCACGUCCUAUUACUGCCGGCCUCUCCAGGCGUGGUCUGAGUAUCCCACAGGCAGAAGAGGUUACAGCAGCAGGCCCUGUACCAGACCUGCUGGGGAGUAUCCUCACUGGUCAGAGCAUGCUUCUCAUGGACAGUUCUAAUGUGGUCAUCAACAGGGACGGCUCUCUCAAAUCUAACAGACCUGUGUGCCUGUCCUUGCCAAGAAGCACUACCCCAAUUGGAUCAAUCUUAGGGGAAGCAGCAAACCCGACAGACUCCGAAACAAGUCCCUUCCACACCAGUGGAGGGGCUGGUUGUCCUUCCUCUAGCCCUUUGAGGAGACCCUCAUCAGCGCACUCCUCCCCAAGUCCCUGUUCAAUACCACAAACUCCCACAUCUCUGUGUCCACCCGUACCGUCUCCUCAUUUUCCUAACUCUCACCCAUCUUCAGGGGGCCAUCCUCGCUUGAAUCCAGGUCCUCCACCUAGACCGCUUGCCUUAAACACGCAGAGACCUGGAAAUGGGAUUAGAGAAUUGAACAGCCCUCAACAUCAAGUCAACGGCAGCACCAACCGACAGCCGCCUGUAAAAAAGCCCCCUCCCAAACCUGUAUGGGUGGAUGUUUCUAUAUUACCCAGGAUACCCAAAAUUAAAAAAGAAGGUACAUCCAGCACAAAUAAUAGCAGAGGGAGUAAUAACAACAGCUUGCCUGAGUCUUCUAUGACCACCUUAGCAGGCGAUACGGGUAGGGAACAUACUGUUGACCAAAAAGGCACAAGUAACACUCAACCAAACAGGACGAUGGACAAUCAGAGGCAAAGACCUGACAGAACCGGGUCUUCCUCUACGUUUUCUAACUCUUUCACGUCCACCACGUCUUCCCUCGGUGCCUCGUCAAAUUCAUGCCCGUCCUCUUCCUCCUCCGUCAGUUUCCGCAUCAACACAAGUGGAAACCCGUGGCACGCUCGGCGACUUUCUGCAUCAGGAGGGACUUCGCCUGGAAAUAAUGAAGAGAGCGUUAAGAGAAAUGAGAAAGGUAAACAGUCGCUGUUUUCUUUAAAAUCACGGUCUAAAGAGGUCAAAAGGGAGGUCUAUGACCCCUUCGACCCUACGGGCUCUGAUUCUUCUGAUAGUGAACCUGAGAAUAAGAGUUCUGACUUUAGAACUGAAAGAACGGAGUCUAGAAUACCAGCAGGACCUAAUGAAGAUGCCUGUCAUCAAAUAAAAUCUGAGCCUAUGGAUGAAGAUCCAGAGAGAGGCUUUGAAAUAUAUCCUAUAGUGCUUCAGUCAGACAUCGCCCAAAUUCAGAAACCUUCAAGAGAUCAUGUUGUGGAUUCAAGCAGUUCAGAAGGAAGUCUGGAUGUUGAUCAUGGUGGAACACAAGGAAGCCCAAUUAAAGACUCAGAAGAUCUUCCAGAAUCAAGUAUUACAUGCAGUGUGAAGACCGAAGUAAAGUCCGAGCCUGAAGAUGGACCUCCACUUGUCAAUCCACAGUCGACGUCUCAAAAAAAGGAGAUUCGAGGAAAUCCACAGCAAGGGAACAGGGUUUUUAAAGAGCUCCCUGGAGUGAGUGCCCCUUUAAAUGCUACUAAUGUAGCAAAGGAGGAGAAAACAUCUCACAAGUCGCAAUCCAGAAGGAGGUCGCCGUCCAACUCCCAAAGUCCAUCUAAAGACACGCACAAAAAGAAACACUCAAGGUCCAAAGACAAACGCAGGUCACGCUCAAACUCAAGAGAUCGGCUGGAUUCCAAAUCGAAAGAGAGACAAAAAUCUCGCUCUAGAUCCAGGGAUAGGAAACAACCGCGAUCGAGAGACAGGAGGAGCUCGUCUAGCUCUAGCAGCAGAGAGAGGAAGCCGUUCAGGAAAAGCAAUGAGAAAAUUGACAGCCGAGGGCGAGAGAGAAGAAAGAGGUCGAAAGAAAUAAGACGAUCACGAUCGGUUUCUAGAUCAAGAUCGAGAGAGAGGAGGAGGACGUCGAAAGAUGGUGGCGAGAAGUCAAUGAGGCACAAGUCAAGAUCAACGUCUAGAGAACGAAAGCGGCGGGAGGAUCGAUUGGAGAGCGAUAGACGUAGAGAGAAGAGCAAGAACAUGACAGAGGCUGGUGUAAACAAGACUUCAACCCCCUCAAAAAGAGAAAAGGAUACAAGAGCACACAAGAGCAAAAAUACGGUUUCAUUACCAUCAGUAAAACAAGAGGUCCAGACUGUAAAGAUACCAACCCAUUAUGUUGGGUCAUCAAGUCAUGAUGACCCAACCAAAACACUUACUGAAAGCAAAGAUUCUCCCAACUUGUCGAAUGAGCUGAAAAUGUUUGGGGUUGAAGAAAUUAAACAGGAGAAACUUUCAUCCAUGGUGGGAUUGAAGGCUUUAAAAUAUAUCAAGAAAGAGGAGGAGCUCAACACCUGUGAAGAAUCAGAUAUCGUGAAACAAGAAACGUUUUCUUCUUCAGACGUCUUCAAUGAAAAAUCUCCAGAUUGUAGUGAAAUAAAUUUAGACGCUGGUGAUUUUGGGAAAACCCAAGAUGAUGAAACAAGCGCUAGGCCAAAAAACAUAAAAAUAGAGCAAAUAUGGCCCGAUGAAGAGGAUUCUCCAUGUUGCAGUGACAACCCUCUUGUCAUCAGUUUGGAAAUGCCUGACGUAGACUCUGAAAACUGUAUGAAGGAGAGCAUGGACCUAUCUCCUUUAAUGGACGAGACAUCAGAAGACCCAAUAGAACAGGAACCUGUUGAUAUGUCUGAUGAUGAUAUCAAUGUUGACUACUUGAUUGACAAUUUGGAUUUCAUUAAGAAGGAGAUGAGCGAGAGCUCUGCGGCCGACUCCACAGAUGCUGUCAACAUCAAGUCUUCUGCUGAAGAAGCUGAGUGUGAGAAUAAGACGAUGACAGAAUCUGUCACUGGUGGUGUGAAGUCCAAAUCACAUGGAAAGAGAGUCACCUGGAAUCUGAAAGAACCUGAAGCACCCUCAUCUGAAAAAAAGAGCAAAAUUGCGCUCUUCAAACUGAAACUGAAGCAGGAUGGCUUUCGUAGGUCUUCCGUCGCCCAACAGACCUCUUGUCAGGAUAAAACUCAGGCUGAACAGAAACUCACAGCAAAUGUCUCCAGUCCGCUGUCACAAGAUGAAUCCAGCAGGCCAAAAUCCCACAAGGAAAAGCUAUCACAGGACCCCCAUCAGAAAGAUAAGUACAUGACGAAACUUCAAAUGCAGGAACGGGCCAUAGAAGAGGUGAAACUGGCCAUUAAACCCUUCUACCAGAAAAGAGACAUUACUAAAGAAGAGUACAAGGAGAUCGUGCGUAAGGCCGUUCAGAAGGUGUGUCACAGCAAGAGCGGCGAGAUUAACCCUGUGAAAGUCGCUCACCUGGUCAAAGCCUAUGUGGAUAAGUAUAAACACGCGAGAAAACACAAGAAAGAGGACAGCGAACAGAGUCAAGGCACAGACCCAAAAAACAUGCAAACGUCAACUUGAGGAGCCACGUCUGCACCAAAUGGUGUCUUUAACAAACAGCUUGGUGGCUGUUGGUUUAAUUUGAAUGUUUUUAAACGGGGAAUUUCUAUAUUGAAACUGGAAACUUUAAGGGCUCAGUCUUGUUUUCAGGUGAACGUUGUAUGUUGUAUGUUUUUCUUUGAUUGUCAAGAUUAUUCAGAAAGAAAGUGUCUUUUCAGUGUUGCGAGUGUAUCUGAAGUGUAAAAUAUGUUAAAUGUGUAAUAUUCUCCAUGGUUUAAAAGCUCUCGAGGGAGUUGAAGAUAAAAGUUCAGUACACGAUAGGCUGUAUACGAAAACAAUACUGAGACGGUGAGUAUCAGUGAAACCGACGUACGUACAAUUGAAACCUAUGGGGCGAUAAUGAAAUACUGUCAUUUGCAAGAUUAUCACAUUUUUGGUUUUGGUUUUUGCACUUUCACAGACAAUUUUUUAUGGUCGUCAUCAAAAAUGUCACUCAGUUUAAUCUCUGUUUGGAAAUAAGUUCUGUCCCACUUGUAACUUUGGAAAACUGUCAAGUUUUUAAAGACCCUAAAAUCAUUAGAAAUGACUUCACAGGAAGUGAUGUAUACCAGCAGAUGUAUACGUGACACAUAAGGUGUUUGCUAAAGAUUAUUUAUUUGGAUUAUGAUAAGAAUACAAUUACUGAUGUUGAGACUUAAUGUUUACUUUUAAAGCAAAUUGGUGUUUCAAGCAAUGCAGUUUACACAUUUAACCGAAAAACAUGCGAAAGAUUCACUCAGAAGACACUCCGGUGGCUUUAUGUCAUUCAGGUUAUAACAUGUAAAUAAAGUAAUAUACAAGGUUCUCCAAUGGCACACAUGAACAACGCCUUAUUUUUUGUUAAGCUGAAAUAUAGACAUGAAUAUGAGCUGUACUGAACUGUAUGGCAGAUUUUCCUUUUGAUUUAGAUGUUUCUUGUUUGUUGCAAUCUUGUGAAGGACAUGCACGGGGCUUUUAUAAGAGGACUUGUUUGUUUAAAAAUGAAAAUGUACCCACAUGAAUGGCAGAGAGCAUAACAGUGGCUGCUGCUCAACGGCAAGUUGACUCGGAACGAUUUGCCUUUGAAAUGAGAUGUUUUGUAAAUGUAUGUCUUCCCCAUUCAUGGAUUACUAAGAAAGAAAAUCUGUUAAUUCAAAUGUUUUGUUUUCUAAUGUUUUCCACUGACGGUUUUAAAUUUUCGAGAGGUGGAUUGAAAAAUAUUUUUUGGUGAUUUUUCUCAUUUGGUAACAUCUCACGUUGAGAAUGAUUGGCCUGUUUUUCAGUGGCAUAUUGCAUGGGGAUGGAAUUGUGUAUUGGGAACAUCCAUGUUGCUGUUUUGUAAAUAAUUUUA